GAGGCUCUAGCUGGGAUUUUAUAAAAGCUUUAGUUUGCCCAGGGCCUAAGAAAAGUCAGCUUUCCGUGUCAAACUGUCCACAAGGACAGCUCCUGACGAGACGCCGCCAGACAAGCCAGGAGCGGUGAAUGGUUGAUUGACUUAUGUGCAGAUUGGGAGCCUGGAGUUUCCUUGCCCUCUGCAGACUGGAGCAGAGCCUCCACCGGUGUUACAAAAAGCAGGCCGAAUGAGGCAGAGAAGCUGAGCGCUGUCUGAAAAGCCCCUGCGGAGUGGCACAAGGUGUCGAGAGCCCGCGGGCUGGGCAGCUGGGAGCAAGGCCCGGUGCUGAGGAUGGACAGGCAGCAGGCACUACCCUGGGUCCACACAGCCCUCAUCCUCUUCCUCCUCAGCCCCGGAGGGGCCAUUGAGAUUCCAAUGGAUCCAAGCAUUCAGAAUGAGCUGACCCAGCCCCCGACUAUCACCAAGCAGUCGGUGAAGGACCACAUCGUGGACCCCCGUGAUAACAUCCUGAUUGAAUGUGAAGCUAAAGGGAAUCCCGCCCCCAGCUUUCACUGGACUCGAAACAGCAGAUUCUUCAACAUUGCCAAGGACCCCCGGGUGUCCAUGAGGAGGCGAUCUGGGACCUUGGUGAUCGACUUCCGCAGUGGCGGCCGACCUGAGGAGUACGAAGGGGAGUACCAGUGCUUCGCCCGGAACAAAUUCGGCACGGCGCUUAGCAACCGGAUCCGCCUCCAGGUGUCCAAAUCUCCUCUGUGGCCCAAGGAAAACCUAGACCCCGUCGUGGUUCAAGAGGGUGCCCCCUUGACGCUGCAGUGCAACCCCCCACCCGGCCUCCCAUCUCCAGUCAUCUUCUGGAUGAGCAGCUCCAUGGAGCCCAUCACUCAGGACAAGCGUGUCUCCCAGGGCCACAAUGGGGACCUCUACUUCUCCAACGUCAUGCUACAGGACAUGCAGACAGACUACAGCUGCAAUGCACGCUUCCACUUCACCCACACCAUCCAGCAGAAGAACCCGUUCACCCUCAAGGUCCUUACCAACAACCCUUAUAAUGACUCGUCCUUAAGAAACCACCCUGACAUGUAUAGUGCCCGAGGGGUGGCCGAAAGAACGCCUAGCUUCAUGUAUCCGCAGGGCACCUCGAGCAGCAAGAUGGUGCUUCGUGGUAUGGACCUGCUGCUGGACUGCAUUGCCUCUGGGGUCCCAACACCAGACAUUGCAUGGUACAAGAAAGGUGGGGACCUCCCGUCUGACAAGACCAAGUUUGAGAACUUUAACAAGGCCCUGCGCAUCACCAAUGUCUCUGAAGAAGACUCCGGGGAGUACUUCUGCCUGGCCUCCAACAAGAUGGGCAGCAUCCGGCACACGAUCUCGGUGAGAGUAAAGGCUGCUCCAUACUGGCUGGAUGAGCCCAAGAACCUGAUCCUGGCUCCUGGUGAGGACGGGAGGCUGGUAUGCCGAGCCAAUGGGAACCCAAAGCCAACUGUCCAGUGGAUGGUGAAUGGGGAGCCUUUGCAGUCGGCACCGCCCAACCCCAACCGUGAGGUGGCCGGGGACACUAUCAUCUUCCGGGACACUCAGAUCAGCAGCAGGGCGGUGUACCAAUGCAAUACAUCCAAUGAACAUGGCUACCUGCUGGCCAAUGCCUUCGUCAGUGUGUUGGAUGUGCCUCCUCGGAUGCUGUCUCCCCGGAACCAGCUCAUCAGGGUGAUCCUUUACAAUCGGACACGGUUGGACUGUCCAUUCUUCGGAUCUCCUAUUCCAACACUCCGAUGGUUUAAGAAUGGGCAAGGAAGCAACCUGGAUGGUGGUAACUACCACGUCUACGAAAAUGGCAGUCUGGAAAUCAAGAUGAUCCGCAAAGAGGACCAAGGCAUCUACACCUGUGUGGCCACCAACAUCCUGGGCAAAGCUGAAAAUCAAGUCCGCCUGGAGGUCAAAGACCCCACCAGGAUCUACAGGAUGCCCGAGGACCAGGUGGUCAAGAGGGGCACGACGGUGCAGCUGGAAUGUCGCGUGAAGCAUGACCCCUCCUUGAAGCUCACGGUCUCCUGGCUGAAGGACGAUGAACCGCUAUACAUUGGGAACAGGAUGAAGAAGGAAGAUGACUCCCUGACCAUCUUUGGUGUGGCAGAGCGGGACCAAGGCAGUUACACGUGCAUGGCCAGCACCGAGCUGGACCAAGACCUGGCCAAGGCCUACCUCACUGUUCUAGCUGAUCAGGCCACUCCAACUAACAGUUUUGCUGACCUGCCCAAAGGACGACCAGACCGACCAAGGGACCUGGAGCUCACUGACCUGGCUGAGAGGAGCGUGAGGCUGACCUGGAUCCCAGGGGAUGAUAACAACAGCCCCAUCACAGACUACGUCAUCCAGUUUGAAGAGGACCAGUUCCAACCGGGGGUCUGGCACGACCACUCCAAGUUCCCAGGCAGUGUCAACUCUGCUGUCCUCCAACUGUCCCCAUAUGUCAACUACCAGUUCCGAGUCAUCGCUGUCAACGAGGUUGGGAGCAGCCACCCCAGCCUUCCGUCUGAGCGCUACAGAACCAGUGGGGCCCCUCCUGAGUCCAAUCCCAGCGAUGUGAAGGGAGAAGGGACAAGAAAGAAUAAUAUGGAGAUCACAUGGACGCCCAUGAAUGCUACCUCCGCCUUUGGCCCCAACCUGCGCUACAUUGUCAAGUGGCGACGGAGAGAGACCCGAGAAACCUGGAACAAUGUCACAGUGUGGGGCUCUCGCUACGUGGUGGGGCAGACCCCUGUCUACGUGCCCUAUGAGAUCCGAGUCCAGGCUGAAAAUGACUUUGGGAAGGGUCCCGAGCCUGACACCGUCAUUGGGUACUCAGGAGAAGAUUAUCCCAGAGCUGCACCCACUGAAGUUAAAAUCCGAGUCUUGAACAGCACAGCCAUCAGCCUUCAGUGGAACCGGGUCUACUCUGACACGGUCCAAGGCCAGCUCAGAGAGUACCGAGCUUACUACUGGAGGGAAAGCAGCUUGCUGAAGAACCUGUGGGUGUCUCAGAAGAGACAGCAGGCCAGCUUCCCUGGUGACCGCCCCCGGGGCGUGGUGGCUCGUCUCUUCCCCUACAGUAACUACAAGCUGGAGAUGGUUGUGGUCAACGGGAGAGGUGAUGGGCCUCGCAGUGAGACGAAGGAAUUCACCACCCCGGAAGGAGUACCCAGUGCCCCGAGGCGUUUCAGAGUCCGACAGCCCAACCUGGAGACCAUCAACCUGGAGUGGGAUCACCCGGAGCACCCCAAUGGAAUCCUGAUCGGAUACACUCUCAAAUACGUGGCCUUUAAUGGAACCAAACUGGGAAAGCAGCUGGUGGAAAACUUCUCUCCCAACCAGACUAAGUUCUCAGUGCAGAGGGCAGACCCUGUGUCCCGCUACCGCUUCUCCCUCAGUGCCAGGACGCAGGUGGGCUCUGGAGAAGCAGCCACAGAGGAGACCCCAGCACCUCCGAAUGAAGCUACUCCAACCGCAGCUCCUCCCACGUUGCCCCCGACUACUGUGGGUGCCACAGGCCUAGUGAGCAGUACUGAUGCUACUGCUCUUGCUGCCACCAGUGAAGCCACUACAGUCCCCAUCAUCCCAACUGCCGUACCUACCACCAUCGCCACCACUGUCGCCACAACUACUACAACCACUGCCGCAACCACCACUACCACCAUCACCACCACCACCACGGAGAGUCCUCUCACUACCACCAUUGGGACUAAGAUUCACGAAACCGCCCCCGAUGAACAGUCCAUUUGGAACGUCACGGUGCUCCCCAACAGUAAAUGGGCCAACAUCACCUGGAAGCACAAUUUCAGGCCUGGAACUGACUUUGUGGUUGAGUACAUCGACAGCAACCAUACGAAAAAAACUGUCCCUGUUAAGGCCCAGGCCCAGCCUAUACAGCUGACAGACCUCUAUCCCGGGAUGACGUACACGUUGCGGGUGUAUUCCCGGGACAACGAGGGCAUCAGCAGUACCGUCAUCACCUUUAUGACCAGUACAGCUUACACCAAUAACCAGGCAGACAUCGCCACCCAGGGCUGGUUCAUCGGGCUCAUGUGUGCCAUCGCCCUUCUGGUGCUGAUCCUGCUCAUCGUCUGCUUCAUCAAGAGGAGCCGUGGCGGCAAGUACCCAGUGCGAGAAAAGAAGGAUGUCCCUCUGGGCCCUGAAGACCCCAAAGAAGAAGAUGGCUCAUUUGACUACAGCGAUGAGGACAACAAGCCCCUGCAGGGCAGCCAGACAUCCCUGGACGGCACCAUCAAGCAGCAGGAGAGUGAUGACAGCCUGGUGGACUACGGUGAAGGUGGCGAGGGCCAGUUCAAUGAAGACGGCUCCUUCAUCGGCCAGUACACGGUCAAAAAGGACAAGGAGGAGACAGAGGGCAAUGAGAGCUCCGAGGCCACAUCGCCAGUCAAUGCCAUCUAUUCUCUGGCCUGACGGAGCGCCCCAGGCACAGCACACUAUUUUGCAAGUAGGAGGGGAGAAGGGGAGAUAAAGCGACUGCAGACCUACCACAAAGCCACAACCACCUUCAGGGACAAGGGUUCAACAUGGGGUCUGCCAAGCUGUGAGGACCAGUGGCGACCCGGCUAUUCACAACCCCCUCCCAGUGAUACCCCAACGCCCGUGGGUGUCACUAAAUGGGAAAGCUAGAGCUACACUCGUUGGAGGGUGCGCUAGUUUCUUGCCCUAUCUCAUGGCCACCCUGAGCACUCCACAAUGACCAGCCUUGGUCUUGGCACACACUCAUCCAUUCCUAUUGCUUACAAUCUUUUCACUGUCUUCAUUUUUUUUUUUUUUUGCUUUGUGUAUCUUCUCCUUCCAAUCCAUUGUCUCCAUUUUCUUUUACUCUUUUGAGAAAAAAAAAAAAAGUCCCUGGAAAAAGACUAAGUGGGCUCUCCCCCAGGAACCGAAAAGAUGGGCAAAAAGGAUUGAUCCGUAACACAACAUGCAGAAAAGCUGCAGUAUUCAAGCUGCCACCAGGCCAGUGUGUUUCCGAAGGAUGCCUUUCGCCAUAUGCCUCCCCCACCCCCACUCCCCACCCAUCUGCCUCGGCCUUGUCCGUGCUGAGCUGGGUUUGGCUCCUUUCUGGAAAAUGACAGUGUUUUUUUGGCAGGGAGAGGGUGUACAGGACUCCUUGCCGCACUCUGGUUUGGUUGGGAGUGGGGUUUACCUCUUGCUACUCGUUCUUACUCUGCCCCUGCUGCCAGAGAGUCUGAGAGUGAGCUGCACAGAAGAUGAAGAUGAAGAAUAGGUACCGAUGAGAAGGACUGAGCCCCAAGCGGAAACAAGUGAGAGUGUGAUUCCCGGGUGACAGAGCAAACCUCUGGAAAGAAAGGGCUGGGUAGUGAAACCCAGAGUGGAAGAGAGAGGACCACAGCUGCCCACCCAGCCAGGGUUUACGCUGCUACCCGGAAGAGCUGAAUCCCUGUGAUACAGAGGCGUGGCUGGUGUAUCUGGGGGUAACAAUGCUGCUCCCCCCUCCCAUCCUGUCCUUGCUCAGUUGUGUCUGACAUGGUAUAUGAAUGGGGACCUGCUGCCCCCAGACUGAGCCUAUCUGUCCUUUCAUUAGGGUACACAUACAUACCAGGGGACCAUGAGGUGCACCGUGCUAACAGUGCUGUGACGCCCCUGACUGGAAGGACAAAGCUCUUCGUAUGCCUUACGCAGCUCUGAUCUAACCCUGCAGUUCCCAGAUCCCUAGCCCUACUCUGCAAGCCUUGAUGCCUCCAGUGAUGUACGUCUCGGGACCAGGGCAGCCUAUGCAAGCAUCCCCUUGGGACCAGAAGCAGCCACUCCACACUUGCCCUUCCCCCCACCACCCGAAUGGAGACACUCGCAGGCCUGAAGUUCUCAGCCUGAAGGUGCUGCCUUCAUCCCCACCUAAUCCACUUUUGAAACCAAAGGUACCUUGCCUCAACGACACAAAGAGAUGGGAGAUCUUGAGCCAGAGUGUCGCCCUGGCAGCUGUGGGAGGGAAAGGUCGACCACUGCAAAUGGAUCACCUGCCAUCGGCAUGGCCUCCAACUUUAGCAAUUAGGGGCCUGGGCAGGAUCAGGGCUGCGCCCUUCAGAGACUUUUCAAAAGCAUCAUUUGCCAUAUGUUUAAGCCGCAGAGGUAUUAGCAAUGCUUCCAUCCCUUGAUAAGCAUCCGAUUGAAGGUCAGGCCCAUAGGCACACACUCUCUGCAGGUAAGGAACCAUAUCCCAGAGAUGAGCCGAUAAUAUUUGAGCCUGAGAGUGUGUCUUGGUCCUUUGGCUCAACCCAUGGCCAGCACUGCUGCCUGGAGGCCCGAGGGACAGCUCUCAUGGUGAAAGGGGACAGGGUAAAGGGCAGAAGGCUGGGGACGGGGGUGUGCUCAGGGUCCCCUUCCCCGGUUCCAGUCUAGCUCUCUUGAACGCAGCAGGGCAUUGCUGCAGUGUAGGCCACCGUCCCUGGAGGGAGGGCUGGGGAAAUGUGCCUGUCAGCCUAGGUGAGGCACCACCCUUUCCAGAAAACACUUUGGAUCUGGGCAGAGUGGCCAGUUUCUCAGACCUCAUUCAUGUGGCACCAUCGGCUAGUGAACCCAUUGCACCGACAGCAGGUUUUUAGAGGAAGGGACCCUUAGAUGUCCCUGCCACAGACAACCCGGAGAGGGCUGCUUUGGUCUUAGGGGUCUGGGGGAAGAAGUAAAUCUUUAGACUGUCUUCGUGCCCCGUUCUGGAGUGCCGGCAUGCUCAGUACCCUCCUCCUCUGUAUAUAAAGAGAAGGUUAUGAACCUUUCUCUCCAACUGCUUUAUGGGUGCUGAUAGGGGCCCCCACUGCCACUGAUCAUAGCUCUCAUAGGAGGGACAGAUCUGGGCUGAAGAACCAGUUUCUCUCAAGUAGAGAUGGCAGGUGCCCACAGACCAGGCUCAGCGAUGUGGGGGUGCAAGGUGGAGGAGGCAGCUCCUUCCAGGGAGGGGAGAGGCCACUUUCCACACAGCCUGCCGGAGUGUACCCCAACUCAGCAGGAGAGCAGUAUUGCCCCCUCCCUGCACCUGGAUCCCAAGCAGCCAUCCCAAAGUGAUACCUAGUCCUGCUAGGGCUUCACCUGUCUGGUGGGGGCAGGGGAAGAAUGCGGUCAUCUUGCAGCGAUGCUGAGUGUUUAUGGAAUGCUCUUUGAGUCUGGGGCCAAGGCUUGAGCCCUGAGUACCAUGUUAACCAGUGAGGUCAGAUGUGGCCCCUGCCCACACAGGGCUGAUGUUAUUGGAAAUGCGUAGAUGAAUUACCGGGACACGGUGACCAUUACAUUGGAAGCAUGGUGUUCUUGUUUGCUUAGACUACCGAAUGCUUCAAGUCAGAAAAGAGAGGCUUCCAAGGGAGAACCUGGUCCUUUGGGCUGGCAAAUCUGGGUGGGACAUGGCAGUCAAGAUGAGUGGGGUUCAGCAGCCAGUGUUGUGCUUCCUUGGGGUGUCUGUCUCCCCCAUUUAGCCCCUCUUUGAAUAACUCCUGUUCAGAGGUGGAUUGGAUGUACAU